AAUAGCAGUGCUGGAAUGAUUUUGCAACAGACUCUCUGGAGAGUCAGGAGCUGAAUUCCCGGAGAUUCCCACUUCGAUGAGAGCAAAGGGAAGCCAGCAAGCCGUCAUGUCCAUGUCGCUGCGAGUCAGCCCGUCCAUCCACGGCUACCACUUCGACACAGCCUCUCGUAAGAAAGCUGUGGGCAACAUCUUUGAGAACAUAGACCAAGAAUCGCUACAAAGGCUCUUCAAAAACUCUGGAGACAAGAAAGCAGAGGAGAGAGCCAAGAUCAUCUUUGCCAUAGAUCAAGAUUUGGAGGAGAAAACCCGAGCCCUGAUGGCCCUGAAGAAGAGGACGAAGGACAAGCUUUUCCAGUUUCUGAAGCUAAGGAAAUAUUCCAUCAAAGUUCACUGAGGACAACAGGACAGAUGAGGUCUUCAUCCAAGAAUGAACCUGAAAGACUCAGUGAGCUUUUGAGACGCUGAGAGAGGCAGCGUUCUGUGGCUGCCCUGUAAGCUUCUGUCCUGUCAGAACUCUGAGGUGGACAGGGGCAGAACUGAUAGGCCACUUUCAGCCUCAUGUGGUCACAGUGGUGAACAAAGUGGUCUCAGCAAGGAUCUGAGAACUCUCCCUGCUGGCAAGGACUAGUGCUGGUGGAGGAGGCUGGCCAGGUUGCAAGACCCAAGACUGCAGGUGCUGGGAAGACACAUGUGCGGGGUCGCCCUCAGGCCCUGGGACUCACACUCAAAAGAACUGCUUUCUUCUUUGUCUUUUUCUCCUUCUCCUUUUUUUUUUGGUUGUUGUUUUGUUUUGUUUUUAAAACCAAACCAGGUAGACAGGCAGAGGGAAGAGGGAGAACAGCGAGAGAAUACUAAGCAUAAAUUGUUUACUGAAUUUUUUUUAUCUGAAUGUAAACUAUGGUCAAGCCUCAAUGUUAUCUAUUGGUGUAGAUUUUUAGGAAUCAGUUAUUGAUUAUGUAUUUGCACUUACUACAUUGCCUAAAGUGCACUGCAUAGGUGAUAAGUGCAAAUGGAAAGAACUGUGGUGUCUUCUGCAGCUCAGUAAACCUAACGCCAAAUCCUGGCUUGUUGUAAAGGGGUUUUUAUAAUUUUCAAAUCAUUGCUCAAACCUAAAAUAAUGCUGUUCUUUAUAAGUCUGAAGUACUGUGAAAAAAAUUUAUAAUUUUUUAUCUUCUGACUAAUGCUGAUAUAAUCUAAUUAUAUUUCUUACAAUUAUUGUAAUAAGCAUUAGGAAGUGAAUAUGAUAAAGUUUAUAAAGAUGCUAUGGUUUCUAUAAUUUAUUAUACAUGGCAAGUGAUAUGCAACCUUAUAAUAAAUUAUUAUAAACUUA